AUGAAAUCUAUCACAUACCUUCAAGAUGCUUUUGCCCGCUGUCCACCCAAAUCUCCCCUUCGUAUACAACUCGUUGAAAAACUGGUAUUUUUUUCCACCGAACGAAAGGACCGGACGAAGAAGAUAGAUGAUAUAGAGAGGGCUAUCCACAUUUUUCAGCAGGCCCUUCCCUUCUAUCCCCCUGCACAGCCUGAGCGUGGGCCUAUCCUGGCUCUUUUGGCAGGGGGAUUACGCGAACGCUUCGACACAAGCAGAAAUCUGUACGACCUAGACAAGUCCAUUGAGUAUUCUCAUGAAGCUCUGUCCUGCUACAGGCCGGAGUUUGUGGGUCGGUAUACCCUGAUGGCAAGACUGGCGUCCGCUCUGCGCGACCGCUAUGAUAUAAAGAGGAAUACCGUGGAUAUCCAGAGGAGCAUCGACUACGGCUACGAAGCGCUUGCGUCUUGUCCUCAAGACCAGCGCACAGAAAUCGCAUACGCUCUGGCAACUGCUCUCAGAACCCGGUUCUCUACCCACGGCCAAUUAGAAGACCUUGACGAUGCAAUCAUUCGCCUUCGACAAAUCCUCCAGACGGCACCCCAAAUGUCCAACCCCAACCUUCGUCUCAUUUUUAUGAUUGAGCUCGCGGAAUCUCUGGGGCUUCGCUUCGAUCGGGCUGGUCAGCCGGACGACCUCCAAGAGAGCAUCCAAUGUGGUUACAAUGCCCUCUUGCUGCAUCCGACAGGACAAAUCCGCCAAUCCGCUUUACUGUUCUUGUCGCGAUCCUUGGGAAGACGUUACAGCCAUAUGGGACAGUUAGGGGACUUGACUAGCUCCAUCUCUUUCCUACGCGAGGCGCUGUCUCUGGAUCUGACUCCUGAGUCUCCUCGACGACUCGAGUUGUUGACCGGCCUGUCGGGAAGCCUUUGCCGGCUCUUUGAGCGUACCAAGGACCCAGACGCCUUCGAGGAGUGUAUAUUGUAUGGGCAAGAAGCGCUACGUCAUUGCACAACUGAACAAGAUGCCGAUCGCUUGCCAUUAAUUUUCAGCCUUGGUCGGCUUUACUCGGAACAACAUAGCCAAACUGGCAAGCUUGAGGAUUUGGAGAAAGCUAUCGAAUACAUCCAGGAAGCUGUAUCCAAAUAUCCACCCCAGUCUUUUAAACACCUGGCUGUAACUACUGACCUGACCCUUGCUCUGAUCAAGCGAUAUCGUGCGCUUCAUAAAUCGGAGGACAUCGACGAGUGCAUUGAUUUGGGAUACAAGACGCUGUCGCUCUGCCCACCGGAAUGGCUUGGUCAUCCGCAACGUCUAACGUUAUUAGCAGCUCUUGCAACCUCUCUAUUUUUGAGGUAUUCCAGCACCGAAAAUAUAAGAGAUUGUAUCAAUUCAAUUCGGUUUGCCAGAGAGGGGUAUGGCGUCUUGCAAUAUAACUGGGGAAUUCUACUUACAAACGUAAACCUAGUGCUCUGCUCGUACCAAUCGUCGACUAUGAACGACAGCUUGUAUGCGCAGCACUUUGGGCAGAUGCGGCAUACGCAUUAA